AUGAAUUAUUUGCAUUCGGGAUAUCAAAAAGCGGGGAAGAUUUCGAAUGAUGAUUUGCUCUAUACAUUGAGCGUUUUCAUUACGGAACCAAUUAGUUGGAUUGGGGAUUGGGAGUGGAGAACACUGAAUGAGAUGGAGAUUUGUGCAAUUGCUACGUUCUGGAAAGGGAUUGGUGACGCGAUGGGUAUUUCUUAUCAUGAUCUUCGUUGUUUCAAUGAAUGGAGAGACGGAAUUGAAUUUUUCGAGGAUAUCAAGAAGUGGGCCGAGGGUUAUGAGAGGGAAUUCAUGGUUCCGAAUGAGUAUAACAAGAAAACGGCUGAUGAAUUGGUUCCGCUUCUGUUGUUUCUGGUCCCAAAGGCACUACUACCCUUUGCGAGAGAUGCAGUUGGGGUUCUUAUGGGUCCUCUUCUUCGCUCCGCAAUGAUCUAUCCAAAAACUUCGCGCCUCAAUGAAUUACUCACUAUCUCUAUACUACGCACUCGUCAAUUAUUUCUCCGCUACCUAUCACUCCCAAGACCAGAAUGGAUGAGAGUUAGACAAGUCUCGGAUUCGGACGAUAAGGGGGUAGAUGGGAGGUAUCAUAGUAACGAUUAUCUCGUGCAUCCGUAUUAUCAACUCCCGGGUUUCUGGAAUCGUUGGGGACCAAUAGCUUUGGUUACGAGGGCGAUGGGUGGAUUUGUACCGGAUGAGAAGAGGGGCGAUUGGUUCACAGAGGGGUAUAGAUUUGAGGAGGUGGGGCCGGAUAGGAAACGAGGGGAGGAUGUAGAUGAGAUGAGGGGCACGGAAGAGAAAUUGGAGAAGGAGAGAACUCCCGGUUGCCCUUUUGCUUUCGGAAAGUAA